AUGGAGGGAAAACGGCUGCCUGGUUUUGGGACAUUUGGCCCCCAUUCAUCCCAACCAUCUUCGAGAGGCAAGCAGUCAGUCCAAAGUCACAGAAGCACGCUACCUCCUGUCAGGAAAGGUCGCAAGAAUAAACAGAGGGGGCUCUACUCUGAUGUUUUCACUACUUUAAGGUUUAAGACCUCUGCAGAGGAAGAGGACCCCCAGCAGUGCAUAUUCACAUCUGACUUAAGUGAUGAUGAUGACGAUUCAGAAGAGUCAAGCUCAAAGUCUCCAUUUGCCCAUUACAAAUUUGAUGACAAAGACUAUUAUGGCCCUUUGUCUAAGCAAUUACUUACUUCUUACUUCAACCGUGGUGGGGAUACACCCAAAGUCCAGAUGCCCUUCAAAACCAUUCCUGGUAGAAGCCCCCGUGAUUUGACCAAAGAGAGGUGUCGAAGAGAAUAUUUGAAGAUUGAUUUUGAAAAGCUCCUGAGAGAGAAAAAUAUAGACUCGAACCUUAUAAUGCCACGUUGUUCGGACAAUAAUGACUAUCAACCCAUUGUGUCACCCUAUCUUCCGCUUGAGAUAUUUGACAAUGUGGAGUUUGACUGCCGUACUGCAGAAGACUGGCUUGUCCUGGGUACAACUGAAGGAUCACCUGACCGAAAACCAAUUCCAGCAAAAGCGUUAUUGCCUGCAGAUGACCAAGUAUCAUUCGAAAGUGGACGACCUCCUCCAACAUUGGAGUAUAGCUGGCAUUUAGUUGGAGUUCUUGGCUACAAUAGUGAGAAAUGUCAAUACCUGGUAGAAAAGGUUUUCCCAAACAGCAAUCUAAAAGAAGGAGAAAAGAAUUCUCCUGGUAAUCUUCUUUGCAACAGACACUGGAUUCCUAGAAUCAGGCUCUUGUUCAGUGCCGAGGACCCACGUGUCUUUGUCCAGCGGAUCCAGUUUGCUAUGCGCCUAAGACAGAACUCAGAGGCCCUCAUCCUCUAUAACUUGACUGUGGACUGUAUGCCUAUCUGGGAUGAAACACCAUCUAUUGAUCCGCAAUGUCUCCACCGUAUAAAAAGCCGUGCACUCUCAGGCUCUGGCCUCAAAUCAUAUAUUGUUAAAGAAUGUGCAGAGAGACUGGCCAGGGAGGUCAAGUUGGAAUAUGAUCGCACUAUGAAUCGCUUCAUCUUGGACAAAAGUGUAAUAAGUCACCCACAGGAGUUUUCACAUAUCAUGGUGCCACUGAAGGAAAAGGAGCACGUGCCCCUUAAAGGUUGCGUAACACUUCCUCCUUUUGACUACAGGAAGAACAGAGCUGCAUUCCUCACUAAGUCCAUGCUGACAGAGCCAAAAGUGAUCUGUACAUUAUCGGAAAUAAGGUUUGAGUGCAACAAACUAGCAACUAUGAAACUGUUCAAUGUCUCUUUAACUAAACCGAUGCGACUGGAUGAGUUUGAAGCUAACCAGACCCAAAUGCAAACUCAGAUUAGCUUGUUUCUUCGAGAGGCAUGGUUGCUCACUGUGACUUACAGCCUCCGACACAACCUCCAAACAAUUGGCAAAGGCGCGUACAACAUGAAUGAGACUCAGUGGGAUAUGCACAACGUGUCUAAGCUGAACAAACUGUUGGCUGUGGUGCACUACAACCUUCAAGACACUCUGCGCAACCUUGUUGAAGACUCAUUACUCUGCCUGAGCAAGCUGAUUUUGGAUGCUUGCUGCAGUGUGCUAACAUGCUCUGAUGACCUGGUGUGGGGGAAUGACUACAUCACUAGUCCCUACAAGCCAAAGAACAAACCUCUGUUCCAGGUGGACUUGGUUUUGAAUGAGACAGGUGUAUCUUACAGUACACCUCUGGAGAAUUUUGAGACCACUAUUUCAAACCUGUUCAAUGAGGGCAUUCUGGUUACACACAAUAUACCAAUGCUUGAUAAGUUAUUAAUGAAGAAGCUAUUAUUUGGUAAUGAUCCAGUGCUGGAUUCCGUGCAUCUUUGUGAACCAAAAGUAACGCAGUUGAGAGAAAAAAUCUGCUUAGCUCUCAAGAAAGCAAUCAUCCCCCUCAAGGCUUACGCUGCAGAAUACACAAAAUUCAUUGAGCUGUACAGCUUGGACAUAGACAAUCACUUCACGUGUGCUACUGAUGAUGAGAAGACAUCCAAGGUAGUGAAGACAGAAGUGGAACAGCAUCUCAAAGACAAGGAAGAGCUCAAAAGCUCCCUGCCAGCCUCCAUUAUUAUUGGUGCUUUUAUUGUACAUGUCGAGGGAGUACGCAAGAAUCUCGUCACCAAGAAAACGACAUUAGCCAUUGCAACACUGGAGCACCAUGCUGAAAAGCUGAGGAAGAAUAUGGAAGAUGAAUGUAAUGAGUUCAGCACAAUCGGUCACGCGCUAAGCGACAAUCCCCACUGCAUUGAAGAUCUGACAGAGAAGAGGGACUGGAUGAAACAAAUUCCUGACCAGCUCAAGAGUAUCAAGGACCGCAUUUCAAAGAUUAUAGCGGAGUAUGAGAUGUUUGACGAAUUUCACUUCUCAUUAUCAAAUGAAGACUUUAUCAACAAAUGGCGAGCUAUUGAGUGGCCCCAAAGGAUCCUUAGACAAAUCGAAGAAGUUACUGUCCAUCUUGUUACAGAAGAAGACCGCUUCCAGAAGAUCCAGAUAAUCGACCAGGACGUCUUUGAGCAGCGCAUUGAAACUGUCCAGAGAAUGGUUGAAAAGUUCGUAGGUUUUGCAGAUGUUGAUCGUGCAACUGAGUUGGCAAACGAGGUUAGACGUGCAAGCAAGGAACUCAAAGAGUGCCAGGGUCUGGCUCAAACCUAUAACACUAGAGAACGGUUGUUUGGUACUCCUGUCACAAAUUAUGACCGUCUGCACAAAAUGGCGAAACAAUUUCAGCCCUUCUAUGACCUUUGGACCACCACAUAUGAUUGGAUUAAUCGGCAUGAGAGCUGGCUCAAUGACCCACUAACCUCAAUUGACCCGGAGCUGCUUGAGCGCAAUGUUACAGGAGCCCAGGAUACUAUGAAUAAAUGUAUCAAACAGUUCAAAGACAACCCUGAUUGCAAAAGUGUGGCUUCCCAUAUCCGUGCCAAGAUUGAGGAAUUCCGUCCUUACGUUCCUCUGGUUCAGGGCCUGAGGAACCCUGGAAUGAGAAUGCACCACUGGGAGUCUCUUUCAGAAACCAUCGAGAUAAAAGUUGUGCCCCAAGCUAAACUGACAUUGUCCCGUUGCUUGGAACUUGGCCUACAGAACCACAUGGAUGCAAUAGCUAAGGUGGCUGAGACUGCAGGGAAAGAGUACACCAUUGAACAGGCCCUAAACAAAAUGAAGGUAGAGUGGUCGACGAUUCUCUUUGAUUUGAUGCCCUACAAGGACACCGGCACUUACAUCCUAAAGAGUCCAGAUGAAGCGUUACAGCUGCUAGAUGACCACAUUGUCAUGACACAAAGCAUGUCGUUCUCCCCUUAUAAGAAGGCAUUUGAAGCUGACAUUAACAAGUGGGAGGGCAAGCUCAGAACAACUCAAGAUGUGCUGGAGGAGUGGCUGCUAUGCCAGGGCUCUUGGCUCUACUUGGAGCCCAUCUUCAGCUCGGAUGAUAUCAACGAACAACUGCCCGUGGAGGGUAUGAGGUACCAACAAAUGGAAGAAAUAUGGAAGAGAAUCAUGAAAGGUGCUUUUGAUAACCCAAAGAUAAUUGAAUUCUGCCCUGGUCCUCACCUGCUAGACAAACUAAAAAAGUGUAACGUUCUUCUAGAACAGGUGCAAAAAGGUCUCAGCGAAUACUUGGAGAUCAAGCGAAAUGCCUUCCCCAGGUUCUACUUUCUGUCGGAUGAUGAGCUUCUGGAGAUUCUGUCUCAGACCAAAGAUGCCACUGCUGUCCAGCCACACUUGCGCAAAUGCUUUGAGAAUAUUGCACGGCUUAAAUUCCAGCCGGAUCUACUUAUCACACAUAUGUACUCUGGAGAGGGUGAGGAAGUGGAGUUGGCCAAGACCGUUAUGCCAACUGGGAAUGUGGAGGACUGGCUGAGGUUGGUGGAAAAGUCUAUGACAGCCACAGUCAGGGACUACAUCGAACGCUCACUCAAAGUUUACCCAGAGAAACCUCGUGAAGAGUGGGUUUUAUCAUGGCCUGGGCAAGUGGUGAUAGCUGGUUGUCAGGUUUAUUGGACUGCAGAGGUUUCAGAAGCUUUGGAGCAAGGGGACUUAGCUGACCGUCUCUUUCCACAACUACAGAAACAGCUGGGUAACCUGGUGGCCUUGGUGAGAGGAGGUGUAUCAAAAAUGCAACGAGCUGUGCUGUCCGCUCUAAUUGUCAUUGAGGUGCAUGCUAAAGAUGUAGCAGCCAAACUGGUGGACCUGUCGGUGUCAAGCGUCAAUGACUUUGAGUGGAUUAGUCAGCUCAGGUAUUACUGGGCCAGGGAGGACUUGUACAUCCGCGCAGUGAAUGCAGAGUUUUUGUACGGAUAUGAGUACCUUGGAAAUUCAGGACGACUGGUCAUCACUCCACUCACAGACAAAUGCUACCUGACACUGACAGGUGCUCUCCACCUCAAGUUUGGAGGAGCUCCUGCAGGUCCAGCAGGCACAGGAAAGACGGAAACCACCAAAGAUCUGGGAAAGGCUCUUGCCAUCCAGACAGUUGUUUUCAACUGCUCUGACCAGCUUGAUUUCAUGGCAAUGGGCAAGUUCCUUAAGGGCUUGGCCAGCUCUGGUGCCUGGGCGUGUUUUGAUGAGUUUAAUCGUAUUGAUGUGGAGGUGUUGUCUGUGGUGGCACAACAGAUCACCACUAUACAAAAGGCCCAACAACAAAGGGCAGAGAGAUUUGUUUUUGAGGGUUCUGAGAUCCCGCUUGUCCCCUCAUGUGCCGUAUUCAUCACCAUGAAUCCUGGUUACGCUGGCCGCACGGAGUUACCUGACAAUCUUAAGGCCCUAUUUCGUCCAGUGGCCAUGAUGGUCCCCAACUUUGCCAUGAUUGCAGAGAUCUCACUUUACUCAUUUGGCUUCAGCGAUGCUAAAGUCCUCUCUCAGAAAAUCACCAGCACUUUCACACUCUCCUCGGAGCAGCUUAGUUCUCAGGAUCAUUAUGACUUUGGAAUGAGAUCUGUGAAGUCUGUCAUCUCAGCAGCUGGAAAUCUAAAGCGAGAAAAUCCUAAUAUGAAUGAGGAGUUGAUCUGCUUGAGGGCCAUCAGAGAUGUCAAUGUUCCCAAAUUUUUACGAGAUGACCUCAAGCUCUUCAAUGGCAUUGUGUCGGACCUUUUCCCAAAGACAAAACAGGAACCGAUCGACUAUGGCACGCUUGAGGAAUCUAUGCGUAAUAUUUGCAAUAAGAUGUUCCUCAAAGAUGUAGAUGAAUAUAUUGGAAAAUGCAUUCAACUGUACGAGACAACUGUGGUGAGACACGGCCUCAUGUUAGUAGGACCGUCGGGAUCAGGUAAAACCAAGUGUUAUGAGGUUCUUGGUGCAGCCAUAACGGCUCUAAAAGGUCAGCCGUCUGUCAGCGGUGAUUUGUAUGAGGCAGUUCAGACAUAUGUCCUCAACCCUAAGUCGAUCACCAUGGGGCAGCUCUACGGGGAGUAUGAUUUGCUUACACAUGAGUGGACUGACGGCAUCCUCUCUUCUUUAAUCCGAAUGGGUACAUCAGUUAUGGACAACGAUAAAAAGUGGUACAUGUUCGAUGGUCCGGUAGAUGCUGUCUGGAUCGAGAACAUGAACACUGUGCUGGAUGACAACAAAAAACUUUGCCUGAGCUCUGGAGAAAUCAUUAAACUCACGGAGUGCAUGACGAUGAUGUUCGAGGUGCAGGACCUAGCGGUGGCUUCGCCAGCGACGGUGUCUCGAUGUGGUAUGAUCUACUUAGAGCCCAGUAUUUUGGGGCUCGUCCCCUUCACAGAGUGUUGGCUUAGGCAAGUCCCCAAAUUCAUGAGACAGUUUACAGAACAGCUUACUUCCUUGUUUUCACGGUUUCUCCAGGACUCUAUCGAUUUUAUUCGCGUAUCAGUAAAGGAGGUCAUCACAUCACUGGACAGCAAUCUCACCUGUAGUCUUCUAAAACUUAUGGACUGCUUCUUUAGUCCAUUCCACUUUAGUGAGGACGAAAAGCCACCUCCACGAAAUAAAUUAGACCGUGUGAAUGAGCUGAUUGAGCCGUGGUUCAUUUUCUCCCUGGUGUGGAGUGUUGGUGCCACAGGGGAUGGACCCAGUGGCCAGCGCUUUAGUGCCUGGCUCAAAGACAAGAUGGCAGAGGAAAAGAUUAGUUUGUGUUUCCCAGAAGAAGGCCUUGUCUAUGACUACAGGCUUGAUGAUGCAGGAAUCACUUGCUGGACAGGAGAAGAGGACGACAAAAAGGACAAAACGGUGCAUUGGGUCAACUGGGUGAAUGAUGCAAAGAAUGUUGUGAUCACCCCAGAAACAAGUUACUCUGACAUUAUUGUUCCCACUGCUGACACAGUGAGAAUGACUUUCCUCAUGGAUAUGCUUUUGUCCAACAUGAAGCCUUUGCUAUGUAUUGGGCCCACUGGGACAGGAAAAACUCUUGCCUUGUCUGACAAGCUGCUAAAAAACAUGCACGCAAAAUAUGUCACACACUUCCUCAUGUUCUCAGCCCGCACCUCAGCCAACCAAACUCAAGAUUUUAUAGACAGCAAAUUGGACAAAAGGCGGAAAGGUGUAUUUGCACCUCCGAAAGGCAAGUACUUCAUUUUCUUUAUUGAUGACCUCAACAUGCCAUUGUUGGAAACCUAUGGUGCCCAGCCACCCAUUGAACUCCUGCGGCAGUGGAUGGACCAUGCUGGCUGGUAUGACAGGAAGCAGAUUGGGGCUUUCAGGCAAAUAGUGGACAUUAAUUUUGCUUGUGCCAUGGGACCUCCAGGUGGAGGCCGGAACCCUAUCACACCGCGCUUCACACGUCACUUCAGUUUUCUAUCUUUCACUGAACUGGAAGACGCCAGCAUGAGAAAAAUAUUUUCUACAAUUUUAGGCAGCUGGAUGGGAUCAGUGCCAGAAAUCGUGCCACUAAACAAUGCAAUCGUCAAUGUCACCAUCCGCGUGUACAGCACUAUCUGCUCUCAGCUUCUCCCAACCCCUACAAAGUCUCACUACACGUUCAACCUUAGAGACCUGUCCAAAAUCUUCCAGGGUAUCCUCAUGGCUGAGACUUGCAUGAUAGAGACCAAAGAGAUGCUACUUCAGCUUUGGUACCACGAAAACUGCCGGGUUUUCCAGGACCGCUUGGUUUGUGCAGAAGACAGGGAAUGGUUCAAUUCCCUCCUGAAGACAUUUAUUGAGGAGUUUGGUUGCGACUUUGAUGUGGUUGUGCCAUGCCAGCCUAUUUUAUAUGGGGAUUUCAUGGUUCCUGGGGCAUUGCAUAAAGUCUACACUUUCAUAGACGACCCAGGAAAGUUGGAAGAGGUUAUGUUAGAGUACAUGGAAGACUACAACCAGAAUUGCACUCCCAAGAUGAAGCUUGUGCUGUUUAUGGACGCUAUUGAACACGUUUGUCGAAUCAGUCGUGUCCUGCGCCAGCCGCUCGGCAAUGCACUACUUCUUGGAGUUGGUGGCAGUGGACGACAGUCCCUCACUAAGCUUGCAUCAUAUAUAUCGGAAUACAAGUGUUUCCAGAUCGAGCUUUCAAAGAACUAUGGUCAGUUGGAGUGGCGGGAAGACAUUAAAAGCAUUAUGAUGAAGGCUGGUAUUCAUAACCAGCAGAUCACCUUCCUCUUCGUGGACACGCAGAUUAAAAGUGAAUCAUUUCUGGAAGACAUCAACAGCAUUUUAAAUUCUGGCGAUGUUCCAAAUUUAUAUGCAUCAGAUGAGCAGGAGCGCAUCCUUGCAUCAAUGAAGCCAGUUGUGCAAGAGAUGUCGCAACAGCCGACCAAGGCAAACCUUAUGGCUGCUUACCUUAAAAGAGUCCGGACUAACAUUCACACUGUACUCUGCAUGAGUCCGAUUGGGGAAGUGUUCCGAGCAAGGCUGAGGCAGUUUCCCUCACUUGUAACAUGUUGCACAAUUGACUGGUUCAGUGCAUGGCCGGACGAGGCUCUGCAAGCUGUUGCCACUUCAUUUCUUAAUGAGCUCCCAGAGCUAGAAGCCAACCCCGAAGUCAUGGAUGGACUGACAGUGAUGUGCAUGAAGAUCCACCAGAUUGUAGCCAGAAAGUGUGAACAGUUCCUGGCUGAACUUUCGCGACAAAACUAUGUGACACCUAAGAGCUACCUGGAAUUGCUUAAUAUAUUCUCAAAUUUAAUUGGACGUAAGAAGCAAGAGCUGUGCCGUGCUCGUGAACGAAUGAGCACUGGUUUGGACAAGCUCCUUAGCACAGCAGAGGACGUGAGUAAGAUGCAAGAGGAGAUGGAGGUUAUGAGGCCCCUUUUGGAGGAGGCUGCAAGGGAAACUGAAGUCACAAUGGAAACCAUCAAAAAAGACUCUGUGAUUGCCGAGGAGACACGAAAGUCAGUGCAAGAAGAAGAAGCCAAAGCUACCGAAUCAGCACGUGUAGCAGGGGAAAUUGCUGCCGAUGCGCAGAGGGAUCUAGAUGAGGCCCUGCCAGCCCUCGAUGCUGCAACCACCAGCCUUAAGUCGCUUAAUAAGAAUGAUGUCACUGAGGUGCGAGCUAUGCAACGUCCUCCUCAAGGUGUGAAGUUGGUAAUUGAGGCUGUGUGCAUAAUGAGGGAUGUCAAACCUAAAAAAGUGCCUGGAGAAAAACCCGGAUCUAAGGUUGAUGACUACUGGGAACCUGGCAAAGUAUUGCUGCAGGAUCCUGGCAAGUUUCUUGAUAGCCUUUUCAGCUAUGAUAAGGACAACAUCCCGGAAAGAGUGAUUGCUUUGGUGCAGCCCUACAUAGAUAAUGAAGAAUUCCAACCUGCUGCCAUUGCCAAGGUUUCCAAAGCCUGUACCUCAAUUUGUCAGUGGGUUCGAGCAAUGCACCUGUAUCACUUUGUGGCUAAGGGUGUGGAGCCAAAAAGGCAAGCUCUUAAAGCAGCCCAGGCGGAGUAUGAGGAAUCUCAGAGAAGUCUGGCAGCUGCUAAAGAAAUGCAAGCAGCUGUGGAGAGCGGUAUUGCCGCAUUGCAGGCCAAGUACCAAACCUGCCUGGCCAAGAAAAAUGAACUGGACAACAACUAUCAACUUUGUGAGAUACGCCUUGUUCGUGCAGACAAGCUUAUUGCCGGACUGGCAGAUGAGAAAACACGCUGGAAAGAUACUGUACAGCAUCUGGAAUACAUGGUCAGUAAUGUCGCAGGUGACGUGCUGAUGUCUGCGGGAUAUGUAUCAUACCUGGGGCCCUUCACUGGAUCUUACAGGACGGCCAUGGGAGAAGAGUGGCUGCGAUGUUUCAAAGAGCUAGACAUUCCACACACUGAUACACCCAAUCUUAUUGCCACUCUCGGAGAUCCUGUGAAGAUUCGCUCCUGGCAGCUUUCAGGUUUGCCCAAGGAUAACCUUUCAGUGGAGAAUUCUGUGAUUGCCCAAUAUUCUCUCCGCUGGACUCUUUUCAUUGAUCCGCAAGGUCAAGCCAACACGUGGAUAAAAACUAUGGAGCGGGACAGUGGAUUGGAAAUCAUAAAGCUCAGUGACCGGGAUUUCCUUCGCAGUCUUGAAAACGCAAUUCGCUUUGGUAAACCCUGCUUACUUGAGAAUAUAGAAGAGGACCUGGAUCCUGCUCUUGAACCUGUACUACUGCAGCAGACAUUUAAGGAGCAAGGCAGCUUGAAACUGAAGCUAGGUGAUUCUACCAUCCCAUACCACGAGAGUUUCAAGUUUUACAUUACCACCAAGUUGCCAAACCCGCACUACUCUCCAGAGGUUUCCACAAAGGUCACGCUCAUCAACUUCACACUGUCACCGAGUGGUUUGGAAGACCAGCUGCUAGCCCAGGUGGUGGCAGCAGAACGUCCAGAACUUGAAACGGCUAAGAACCAGUUGAUCAUCAGCAAUGCUAAAAUGAAGCAGGAACUGAAAGAUAUAGAGGAUGAGAUCCUGUUCCGUCUGAGCUCCUCAGAAGGAAACCCGGUGGACAAUGAAGAGCUUAUUCAAGUCUUGGAAGCUUCAAAAGUCAAGGCUGGUGAGAUCCAGGCCAAAGUAAUUGUGGCAGAGGAGACAGAGAAGGACAUUGACGCCACCAGGCUGACAUAUGUACCUGUGGCGGUGCGCACACAGAUUCUUUUCUUUUGUGUAUCAGACUUGUCCAACGUUGAUCCUAUGUAUCAAUACUCUCUCGAGUGGUUCCUUGGCAUCUUCAUGGUUGGCAUCUUAAACGCUAAAAGAGCAGACACGGUCGAAGAACGGAUUGAGAACAUCAAUGAAUAUUUCACCUUCAGUCUGUACUGCAAUGUGUGUCGCAGCUUGUUUGAGAAGCACAAACUUAUGUUUGCCUUUCUCCUUUGUGCUCGCAUCUUAAUGAACGACGGCGAAAUUAACAUGGCUGAGUGGCGUAACCUAUUAUCUGGAGGAAUGCCCAGCCAGGAACUUCCCAAUCCGGCUAUGAGCUGGUUAUCAGACCGUGCCUGGAAGGACAUCCUGGGCCUCAGCAGUCUGGAGACCUACAAAGACCUCGCAUCGACUUUUGACCAACACUUGCCGGGUUUCAAGAACAUUUUUGACAGCAACAUUCCUCACAGAGAGGCUCUUCCCGGAGAGUGGGAGACAAACCUGGACCGCUUUCAAAAGCUGUUAGUCCUGCGCUGUCUGAGGGCUGACUGUCUUGUUCAGGGCAUACAGGACUUUGUCUCUGUUAAGCUGGGGCAGCGCUUCAUAGAACCUCAGACAUCGGACUUAGCGGUGGUCUUCAAAGAGUCCUCCCCCUCCUCUCCUCUCAUAUUUGUUUUGUCUCAGGGUACUGACCCAGCUUCUGACCUUUACAAGUUUGCUGAUGCCAUGCAUUUCUCCAAGAAAAUGACAGCCAUUUCUCUGGGUCAAGGCCAGGGUCCAUUGGCUGAAGCCCUGAUGCGAACUGCCAUGGAAAGAGGUCAAUGGGUCUUCUUUCAGAAUUGUCACUUGGCACCCAGCUGGAUGCCAUCAUUAGAGAGCCUUAUUGAGAACAUUGACCUAAAGGUGCACAAAGAUUUUCGUUUGUGGCUAACAAGUCUUCCCAGCAACAAGUUCCCUGUGUCCAUUCUUCAAAAUGGGACAAAGAUGACCAUUGAGCUUCCCAAAGGCAUCAAAGCUAACCUACAGAAAAACUACCUGAAGCUAACAAACGAUUUUAUUAAUACCUCCAACAAGGUAUCACACUUGAAGUCGUUGCUCUUGUCUCUAUGCUUGUUCCAUGGAAUCGCUCUCGAGCGAAGGAAGUUUGGCCCACUGGGCUUCAAUAUUCCCUACGAGUUCACCGAUGGUGAUCUGAACAUUUGCAUCAGCCAACUCAAAAUGUUUCUGGACGAGUACACUAACGUUCCUUACAAGGUGCUGAAAUACACUGCAGGGGAGAUCAAUUAUGGGGGCCGUGUGACAGAUGAGUGGGACAGACGCUGUCUCCUCAGUGUGCUGGAAGAUUUCUAUUGUCCUGCUGUUCUUCAAGAGGACCAUAUUUACUCUGAAUCUGGAGUUUACCGGCAGGUUGAGACAAGUCUGGAUAUCAAGGGUUACUUGGCAUACGUGCAAAGUCUGCCCAUCAAUGAUACACCUGAGAUCUUUGGCCUUCAUGACAACGCUAACAUAAGCUUUGCCCAGAAUGAGACAUUCGCUCUGCUGGGUGCUGUGCUGCGCCUCCAGCCUCGAACCGCAUCUGCAGGAGGCAAGACCCUGGAGGAGAUAGUGGAGGAGAUAGUCGCAGGCAUUGUAGUAAAAAUUCCAAAGCCUUUUGAUACUCAGGAGGUGAUGGAAAAGUACCCUGUUCUCUAUGAAGAAUCCAUGAACACAGUGCUCAUCCAGGAGGUCAUCAGAUACAACAGUUUGCUGGAGGUCAUCGCACAGUCUCUCAUUGAUAUUGUGAAGGCUCUGAAAGGUUUAGUGGUGAUGUCAUCAGAAUUGGAGCUAAUGGCUAAUAGCCUGUUUAACAAUGGUGUGCCAGAUAUGUGGAAGGCCAAGGCUUAUCCCUCACUGAAGCCUCUGGCCUCCUGGGUAUCUGACCUGCUGCAGAGGAUCCAUUUCCUGCAAGAAUGGAUCUCCAAUGGUAUUCCACCUGUCUUUUGGAUUAGCGGCUUCUACUUCCCUCAAGCUUUUCUCACCGGCACCCUGCAGAAUUAUGCCCGUCGCUUUGGCAUCUCCAUCGACACCAUUGGAUUUGACUUUCAGGUUGUGUUAAAAGCCGUGUGCGACAUACAUGAAAAGCCAGACACAGGCUGCUAUAUCAAUGGGUUAUUCAUCGAGGGUGCUCGCUGGGAUAAUAACACCGCUCAGCUAAUAGAGUCCAGACCGAAGGAGCUCUAUACAGAAAUGGCAGCCAUCUGGUUCAUCCCAACACAAAACCGCAAACCUCCGACCUCUGGGAUCUACAUCUGCCCCAUUUACAAGACCCUCACACGAGCUGGGACGCUGUCUACUACUGGGCAUUCUACCAACUAUGUGAUUGCAGUAGAGCUGCCUACGGAUCUCACACCAGGACACUGGAUCAAACGCGGAGUGGCCCUCAUUUGUGCUUUGGACUAUUAA